AUGAGAAAAUCGAGCAAUUAUUUCAAAUUGCAUUCAGGUUUGUAAUUAAUAAUAAAUUCUCUUGUUAUGGAAAAUAAAAUAUUUCUAGAGAAGACAAUUCAUAAAAAAUGACAAUGCAAAACCUAAUAGACUGAGAAAGUAGCUGGAUCAUCCUUGAUGCAAGGAGUUAUAUAUUAAUUAACUAAUAAUUAUAUGCAAAAUUCUCUUUUUAUUUAAUAAAUUAAUAGUGGCUCAAAUUUCAUAGUGAAGAAAGAAAUAAGAUAAUGAAUCACCUUAUAUGAGUUUCAGCAAAAAACUAUAUAUUUUCAUAGUCC